AUGGCAGCUCCUGGAUAUUAUGAAUUAUAUAGAAGAAGUACGUUGGGGAAUUGUCUGGUAGAUGCACUAGAUACAUUAAUUAGCGAUGGUAGAAUGGAGGCAUCACUAGCAAUGAGAGUUUUAGAAGCCUUUGAUCGUGUGGCUGCCGAAUCUCUUCGAGACAGAGCCCAAGCUCGUCUUGCGGUCAAAGGUAAUCUAGAUACAUAUGGAUUUUGUGAUGAUGUCUGGACUUUUAUUGUAAAAGACUGCCAGGUUACUGUCGAUAAUCCAUCAGGAGAUACACAACAAACUUUACCUGUUGAUAAGUUAAGAAUCGUUGCCUGUAAUGCCAAGAAAAGUGAGUAA